AUGAGCAGCUGCCCUACGUCCUGCGCCAACUCUCGGGCUCCUCCGCCGAAUUUCCGCAGUGAGCGCUCCACGCAGAAUGCCGGAUUCGACCCGCACUUCAGCUACAUGAAGCUCACCAAGGCCGUGCGCUACCUGCAGCAGCCCAGCUGCCUGCUCGUGGGCACCAACAUGGACAACCGGCUCCCACUGGAGAACGGCCGCUUCAUCGCGGGUACGGGCUGUCUGGUCCGAGCCGUGGAGAUGGCCGCCCAGCGCCAAGCCGACAUCAUAGGGAAGCCCAGCCGCUUCAUCUUCGACUGCGUGUCCCAGGAAUAUGGCAUCAACCCGGAGCGCACCGUCAUGGUGGGUGAUCGCUUGGACACAGACAUCCUCCUGGGCGUCACCUGUGGUCUGAAGACCAUCCUGACCCUCACUGGGGUCUCCACUCUAGGGGAUGUGAAGAGUAAUCAGGAAAGCGACUGCAUGUCUAAGAAGAAAAUGGUCCCUGACUUCUAUGUUGACAGCAUAGCCGACCUUUUGCCUGCCCUUCAAGGUUAAAGAUUUAGUGUCUUUAAUCUCCAGAAUAAAAAAAAAUUUGAAAAUCACUUACCCAAAUUAAUAGGUGGGACAUAAGCAUCACUCAGCUAGGUGGCUUCAAAGAGUAUACUUGGAGUUAAGCAAAGGCACUAGUUGUUAACCUUGUAAGUGGGGGGCGAUUUUGUUUACAAAUGCUUAUAUUUUAAGAUGCACUUUUAAGCUUGAAGGGCAUUGUGGGGGUCCUGGGCCUUAGGUGCCACUUGGCCUUGACCUUGGGUUUAGCCUAUGUCCAGGAUUCUUAUAACCUCAGGGCCUGCUGAUGGGACUGAGGUGGGUCUAGGAGUAUCAUGUAUUUUAUUGAAAAUUUCAGGAAUUAAAGGGAAGGAGGGGCUGAUUAUUUUGACUCUUGUGAGAAACUUGUACAGCCCGACCCAGGGCCCCAUCUGUGUGGUCAUCAGCAGGGGAGCCUGCUGCCUGUCAGCUCACCUGCAGGGUGGGAGUGGGGGAGAGGGCUGCUCCCAGGUGGUGUCUCCCUGUCCAUGCGGUAUGGGGUGCUGCUCUUACCACCACCAUACCACACUUCCUUAAAAACCACUCUGAUGUCACAAUUGAGUAUCUGUUCCGUUUCAGAUACCCAAGGCUGGCACUCCUCAUACGGUUGUGCAGUUCUGUAAACUCAGUCCAGCUAAACCUUGGCUUUCUCAAAUGUGCACAGACACACAGGGGAUGUGGACUGAGCAUAUUGUUGGCUGAGCAGCCAAGAGGGCAUGAAUGCCUUCGUUGAACUCUGGGCUGCUGCAGGUAGCUCAGAGCAGUGUUGGUAUAAGAAAAAAAAAAUUUUUUUUAACUUCUGAACAACUUUGUCAAGUGGCGAGAUUAAAUCAUAAGUGUGUUGAUUAAUAGCUGUGCUCUGCCUCAUAGGGAAAAUCCCACUGAAGAAGUCUCCAUGCCCCGCAGCCAGCAGUACAGCUAAAGGCAUGUGCUGGCCAAGGAAAUGCCUGUUAACCAAGGCUCCCUCUGGGUGGAGGGAGGAAAGAAGUGUCCCUCAAAACAGGAAGUCCUUUUACAAAGCAUCCAACCUCUCUUCCUGUCUUCCUAUUCUCUUGGUUGGGGUGGGUAUUACAUGCCAGUAGUCUGUGAGGCCACAUGUCUUGGCCCUAAAGUCCCUUGUCAGUGGCCAGCUGGAGGAAUGGCAGGCUCCACCAGCUAGCCAAGGGUUCUUGGCACAGGUCUGUGGCCUUUUCUGCCUGUUCUGAGUUGCUGACCUUUGAGAAUAGGCCUGACAUGCAGAUUCUCCGGCAGCACUUGUAGGGUAGGGCCUGGGAAGCUGUUCCUUUUGGCCGACUUCUUCCUGGCGCCUCACCCUGCACCCAGUGUUAUCUGCCCACAGCCUGUGGCUUCUCUUCCAGCCCCACAGUCACAGUGUUCCUUCAGAGUUCUCAGAGCAAUAAAGGAUGUCCUGAGCCUUCAGCUCCUCCCAGGUGUCGGUAUCUGGUGUCCUGACUCCACUGCCAGGCAGCACAGGGCAGCUGGCGCCUGUGAGGCUGGUGGUGCUGACGUUGGCUCUGCGAGGUCGGCUCAAGGUGGGUCUGGAUAUUGAGCAGGCCUGUCAGGGCGUUGUCACCCACACCAGGAGCACGCGGCAGGUGCAGCAGCCAGCGACACCUCUUCUGCUGGGCAGCAGCCUCGGGGGGCCCUGUGCACCCUUGUCUCCACCCCUGUUGCACUGUGUGAACCCAAAGGUGUAUUAAACUCUCAGACGCGCGCUGA